AUGUUGUUCAAAUCCGUUCUCCUCUUCACUCUCCUCGCCGAGCUUGGUCUCGCGCAUCAGGCGCAGCGCCUUGGAUACUUGCCCCAGCACCAGGUCAAGCGUCAGAAUGUUGCCCCGUCGCCCAUCCUCUCCAGAAUCAGCAUCCCGCCUCCUCUGUCGACUGGCGCUGGUGUCAACGUUCCCGCCGGGCCCGCCCCGCCGGGGACCACGGGCAGAUUCCUCAACACCACGCGCCCUGCUGCAGCUCCAUCUCCCCCGCCGCCGAGCUCUGCCGCCGCAGCUCUCCCCCCAGCAGCGAGCUCUGCCGCUGCUGCCGCUCCUCCCCAAAUGUCGACCCUGACGGAGGUCACCACCGUCACCUCGCUCCUGUCCAACAACGUCACCACCACCCAGGUCGUCACGACAGAACGCACCGUCACCGCCGCUGCCCCCAUCAUCAUGCAGCCGCAGAUCAUCAUCAUCUCCCAGGUCACCUUCUUCAACUUCAACUCCGCCCUCGGCGGCGCAUGUCCCCCUGUCCGGCAGGGCCAGCAGGGCGGCUUCAUCGUCGCCGGCCAACAAUUCCAGCAGUUCCAGUCCGCCUGCAGCGCUGCCUGUGGCAUACAGCUCUCUCAGUGCCAGAGCAUCACCGGACAGGGUUUCCAGCUCUCCCAGUGCCAGUCCCAGCACGUCGCUUGCCAGAACGCCGCAAAGACCGCUACCGUCACUGUCACCGUCCCCACGACCGUCACCCAGACCGUGGUCCUGCCCAACGGCCAGGCCACUGGCGCCGCUGGUGGUGUUGCUUCUGGCGUUGCCGAGGCGGGCGGCUCCGUCAUCGCCACCACCACCCUCCCUGCUGGCGCCGGCGUGUCCGUCGGAACCGGAGGCGUCUCGAUUGUCACCGUCACCGCCGCCCCCGCGGCUCCUCCUUCCCAGCCUGCCGCCCCUCAGACCAGCGUCUUGACCACCACCAUUGUAGCCAACCCUGACCAGCCCAACGCCACCCCCGUGGUGUCUGUCAUCACUGUCACCGAGAACGCUGGCGCCGCGCCGUCCAUGCCUGCCGGAGGCAAUGCUCCCAUGCCUGUCGUCACUUCCGCUGUUGUUUCGACCCUCCCUGCUGUGGGCGGCUUGCCUCCCGUCGUCUCCACGAUCUACGUCACCAAGACCGCCGAGGCUGCUGCCCCUCCCCCUCCUCCCGCUCAGCCCCCCAAACCCGAGGCGCCCAAGCCCGAGGCGCCCAAGCCCGAGGCACCCAAGCCCGAGGCGCCCAAGCCCGAGGCACCCAAGCCCGAGGCGCCCAAGCCCGAGGGCCCAGCCCCUCCCGUCGUGACCACCAUCUACGUCACGGCCCAGCCUCCCGCAGCCACCGCCGCUCCCCCGCGCGUCAUCACCGUCACCGUCGGCACCCUUACCGGCGUCGUGACCGUCUCCGACGAAGCCCAGAGCACCGCUUCCGCCACGACCAUGGCACCGGCCCUCCCCAGUCCUGGGGCCGAGGGCGGCGAAGGCGGCCAGAACUGCCUUCCCGUCACUGUUACCCAAAGCUGCGUCCCAGUUACUGUCACCCAGACCGUCUCCUCGUGCCCCGCGCCCACCGGCGAGCUCAAAAAGGCCAAGGAGGCUUUCAAGAAGCACGGGCACACACAAGAACCCGACGUGGCCUACCGCCCCCGCAACUUCGGCCGCGCCCUUGGCUCAUGGUAA